AUGGGUCAAAAACAGUCGAAGCUGUCCCCCAAGCAGCUGGAUGAGUUGGUCAAGGUCACGCAUUUCGACAAGAAAGAGCUGCAGCAAUGGUAUAAAGGUUUCCUGAAAGACUGCCCUUCCGGACAUUUGAAUAAAGAGGAAUUUCAAAAAAUCUACCGCCAGUUCUUCCCCUUCGGCGACCCGUCCUCGUUUGCGAAUUAUGUCUUUCGUGUUUUCGACUCGGAUAAUAGUGGCACCAUUGACUUCAAGGAAUUUAUCUGUGCGCUGUCGGUGACUUCGCGUGGUAAUGUGGAGGACAAAUUAGACUGGGCGUUUCAGCUGUAUGAUAUCGAUGGGGAUGGGAAGAUCAGUUAUGAUGAGAUGCUUGCGAUUGUAGAAGCGAUCUACAAAAUGGUUGGCUCAAUGGUGAAGCUUCCCGAAGACGAGGACACUCCGGAGAAGCGCGUAAAGAAGAUUUUCGGCCAGAUGGACAAGGAUGAAAACGGGAGCCUGGAUAUGGAAGAGUUCAAAGAAGGCAGCAAGCAUGACCAGACGAUUGUCAGUGCUCUGUCUCUAUACGACGGGCUGGUGUAA